CAUAUUUUAAACAUGUUGCAAAAGACACGUCGUUUAUUGCCCAUCUUCAAAAGACAGUUUCAUGCUUUACCUCAGGCAGAUAAGUUUGUGAUCACGCCCGAGAUCAAGGCUGCUAUUCAGAAUCAAGGACCUGUUGUUGCCCUUGAGUCUACUAUUAUUAGUCAUGGUAUGCCUUAUCCUCAAAAUGUAGAGACAGCAAGAACAGUAGAGGAUAUUAUUCGUAAAGAAGGAGCUAUUCCUGCUACGAUUGCCUUGUUGGACGGCAAAGUUCAUAUUGGUUUGACAGAUAAAACAUUAGAGCACUUGGGCAAGGUGGGACGUGAGGCACAAAAGACAUCGCGUCGUGAUUUGUCUAUGGUGCUUUCUCAGAAAAAAGUAGGUGCUACUACUGUAGCAAGUACAAUGAUUUUGGCUAGAGCUGCUGGUAUUCCUAUCUUUGUCACAGGUGGCAUUGGUGGUGUUCAUCGAGGAGCAGAAGAAUCAUUUGAUAUCAGUGCUGAUUUGACAGAAUUGGGAAGAACACCUGUGGCUGUUGUAUGUGCUGGUGUCAAGAGUAUUUUGGAUAUUUCCAAAACACUUGAAGUUCUUGAAACCCAAGGUGUUACUGUCACUACCAUGGGCAAGGACAAGACAUUCCCUGCAUUCUAUACACCUGAUAGUGGCUAUAAAAGUCCUUAUUACCUUGACAACCCACUGGAUGCUGCUAAAUCUAUUUUAGCUAAUCAUCAACUAGAAUUGAAUAGUGGCAUGGUAUUUGCCUGUCCUAUCCCUGAGACUGAUGCUGCUGACACCAAGUCUAUUCAACAAGCCAUUGAUACUGCUGUUUCUGAAGCCAGAGCGAAUGGUGUUGUUGGCAAAGAAGAAACCCCCUUCUUAUUAAAGAGAAUUGCUGAAUUGACUCAAGGAGAAUCACUCGCUGCUAACAUUGCUCUUGUCAAGAACAAUGCACACAUUGGUGCUAGAAUUGCUGUGCAAUUGGCUAAAUUAAAAAAUUAUGAAUAAAUAUUUAUUA